GACAAGACUAACUCCAGUUUAAUUUUUAUUAUUUCAGACACAAGAACUGAAAAAUUGUUGUAGGCACUGGGGAUAUGGGGACAAAGUGUUUCCUGUCCUCAAGAGCUUACAAUACAAAUAUACAAAGUCAUUGCAAAUCAAUGGAAGAGGCUCUAGAAUAUGAGUUCUGGACCACAGAGGAGGAGGUUGAUCCGGAAAGCUUAAGUUUCAAGGAGUAGGUGACCUUCAAGGAGGUCACUGACAACUGGGAGGGAGCAGACGCGUGUCUGUGGGAGGGUGAAUGUUGGGGCCGGGAGUGGGGGGGGCGGGGGGGGGGAGGCAUUCCAGAAAAAGGAAACUGCAAACAGCCUCAAGGCACAGUGAGUGAGAAGUCAACCUGAGCCCAGAGCUGAGGUUUUCCUACGUUUAUUUCAAAGCCCUUCAUUAUCUGUAUGCAAAGAGGGCGUCUUUAAAAACAAACUACUAGACUAUAAUGACUACGAAAUUUAAAUAUUAUGUGAACGCUAAUGAUUACUCUCCCGUAUUCUGGGAAGUCCAGAAUUUACUGUAAACAACCGUAUUCAUUUUAUGUAAGUACCUAUCCUCUAACAGAAGCCAUUUUGCGAUGAUUCAAUAGUUUCGCAUCAAUUUCAAAGAGAAUGCGGGUAAUAGCACCAAAUGAGUAUAUUCUAUAGAAAAAAUAGUUAUUUUAAUUAAAAACAGUUUGCUUUCGGGCUUACUGAGCGAUUACAGGAACAGAAUAAAAGGAGCAUGACAAGUAUGUUAAGAAAAUCAGCACAUACUAGUACCUUGUACUCUGAAGGCUUCAACAUUUAGUUAACAGUUCAUACAUUUUCACAUAACGUCCUUUAAGCUAGCACGCGAAUGCACUUAAAAAUCAUCCAAGAUUAGCUUUAAAAUCUUAUAUUCGUUUGAACCACAAAAUUCAAAAAAUCAUUUCAGAAAGAAAACGUUCUAGUAGAACGAGCUUAUCCUUAAGCCGAGACAAAAAUCUAACAUCCUGCGACAGCUGCCAAGUUGCAGAAACGCGGGAGGUACAACUUCUCCGUAGUAACCUUAGCUGGAGGUCACGUCAAACCUCACGAGCUAGGACAUUUAACGUCGGUGUCGAGGCGGCCGGGCGGGCACGUCUCCGUUGCCAUGAGAACCUUCCAGUUUGUGUCAGCAACUGCCGCCUUGACGACGCCGUGUUUGCUCGGCGGCCCCGAGCUCGCGCCGCCGCCGCCCGCCCCGGGGGUGCCGGCUGGGGUGCCCCCCGCGCCCGCCCGGCGUCCCGGCCUCCGGGGCAGCCGCGAGGUCCGACCCCGGCUCUCCGGCCGCGUUUUCAAGUCCGUAGUGAAAAACCCGCGCGGCGCCACGUCGUAGCCACGGGCAGGGAGGGCGCCGGGCCUGCGAGUCCCCACGCGGGUCAGGAGGGAAGGCAAGGCCUGGGGCUCUGCCACUCCCUCGUCCCCCAAGGCCGGAGUGGGCCGGGAGGGGGAGGGGACGGGGACGCGUCUGGGGGGAGGGGCGGGCGCGCGCUCGGAGCCUUCCCCCGCUCCCCAGCCCCCGCCCUGGGGGUUCGGAGCCGCCGGUGCCCCAGGCCAGACUCGCGCGGGGGCUGGAGGGGCAAGGACGCCGCGUCCUAGGGUGACGCCAGGCAUCUCCCGGGCGACGGCUCCGCAACAAGAUGGCGGACGAUAAAGAAAGGGAAGGCACAGAGAGAGAGAGAGAAAGAGAGAAGGGAGGGGCAGAGAGAAUCUCAAGCAGACUCCCCAUGCUGAGCUCGAUUACACAACCCAGACCCAUGAGAUCAUGACCUGAGCUGAUACCAGGAGUCGAUCACUCAACUGACUGAGCCAUUCAGGCAAUGAUGAGAUAUCCUGUUGCUUCACACCUUUGCCAGCAUUCGGUUUUACCAGUUUUGUGGAUUUUAGCUAUUCUAGUAGAGAUAGCCGUAGCAGAAUAUCACAAAAAAAUCAAGGAGGCUUUUGAAGUGUUUGACCAUGAGGCGAAUAAUACAGUGGAUGUGAGAGAGAUCGGAACAAUUGUCAGGUCGCUAGGGUGCUGCCCCAGUGAAGGACAGCUGCAUGACCUGCUCGCAGAGGUAGAGGAAGAAGAACCCACUGGAUACAUUCGAUUUGAAAAAUUUCUUCCAGUGAUGACCAAAGUACUACUGGAAAGAAGAUACAGACCAAGUCCAGAAGAUACCCUUCUUCGAGCGUUUGAGGUGUUAGAUCCAUCUAAACGUGGAUUUCUGACUAAGGAAGAACUGAUCAAGUAUAUGACUGAAGAAGGUGAGCCUUUUUCUCAGGAAGAAAUGGAAGAAAUGCUGUCUGCUGCCAUUGACCCAGAAUCGAACUCCAUUCAUUACAAGGACUACAUAGCCAUGAUGGUGGUGGACGACAGCUAGAUGCUGGAGACGUAAUUUCUCACCGAAAGGAUGACCGUAGAGAUGGCCUGUCCCUGUUAAUUUCACAUCUUAUAAUUCCUACACAUGCUAAUUAAUGCCCAGUGACAACUAUUUCACAAUACUUUGUUUUUUAAAGAUGAACACAAAUUUAUUUGGUAUGUCUGCCUUAUGUAAUGAUCAAUGGCUAAUUAUUUUAAAGCUUAUUCUUAAAAACAUUUUAACAUUA